AUGGAAAGCAUCAAAAUUCCGUCUCCGUCCACAAUUUUGAACGACACCCCGUCAGCGGGAACUUCUGGAAGGAGGCAGAAACCGAAGCAAACAAAAAGUCGCAAUGGUUGUAUCACCUGCAAGGCAAAACGGCUGAAAUGCGACGAGGUCAAACCAUCAUGUCAACAGUGUGAGAGGCGAAAAGUGUCAUGUGGAGGAUACAAAAAAGAUUUCAAAUGGCGACCGUUCGAGGAGACCAACUUGGCUCCUGGACGGCCCACUGUGAAAGCCAAGAAAGCCAAUCCUCCAUAUCAACCACCUAAUGCGGAGAGCUUCCCAACUCCGCCAACUACCGAACAAUCAGCAUCGCCGAUUCGUGUUUCUCGCAAACAUCACUCAUAUUCACCUCCGGGUUCCCCUCUGCAUAGUUCACCUAUCAGUAUCGCCAGCUUUCCAUCUACAGAAGGUCAUUCUAUUGAUGAGCUAUCUGGGAAUCGAGAAGAUAUUUCCAUGCCCGAUGGUACAGGUCCUCUUGAUGUCAACGUUUCGUUGUCGGCCGAUUCGCCACCCUUCAACUUUCUUUCCUUCCUUGAACCAUUCCAGGAUUCAUUGUCGCUUGCAAACACAUUAGUUUCAGACGUCGACACCAGCACUGGAAAGCAAAUACCUUUCGGCCCCGAGCAGCUGAAUCCAAUCUCCUCAGCGCUCAGCUUUUCCCAGCUACUGGAAGAUGAAAACGACGACAUUGAAGAAAUCAUCCGUCGGUCGGAUCCAGGCCUUGGACCUUGGAACCUAAACCUACCAGACAUAGGAGCUUUCAACUUUGAAGCCGCCAGCAUCCCUGGCAGCCCCUCGUUACCGCCAGGAAGUCCCGAAAUGCUCGUGCUACGCUUCGACAAGCUCACAUGCGGAAUCCUGUCCGUCAAAGACGGAGCUCUGGAAAAUCCAUGGCGAACACUAGUCUGGCCACUAGCAAAAGACACCCCCGCACUCCGGCAUGCGAUCUUCGCCUUGGCUGCCUUCCAUUCCGGCAAAGAAAACCCCUAUCUGCGCGUGCAAGGCGUAAAGCACAUGCGACAGAGCAUGGGCUUCCUGGUCGAACACAUCCAAAGCAUGCGAGCAGACACAGCACUAGCAACUAGCUUGGCACUAGCAUUCGCCGACACCUGGGACCAGCACACACGCACGUGCAUCCAGCACCUACGCGGCGCAAAAGCGCUAAUGUCGCAAGUCAUCGCGACAGGCAUGCAAGGGAGCGCCAGCGACGAGGAGCUAGACCGCAUCCGGUUUCUGUACAACACAUGGUCCUACAUGGACGUGAUAGCGCGGCUGACGUCGCUGGAUGACUGCGGCCCUCAUACGUGGGAUUCCUCGAUUUUCGACCUGCCCAGCAAUACAGUGCACGAUAUCGAUCCGCUGAUGGGGUGUGCAACGACGCUGUAUCCGCUCAUGAGUCGCGUGGCGAAGCUGAUCCAGCAUGUGCGGAAGAGCCUGUCGAAUACGGUGUCUGUUGUGGCGCAGGCAAUGGAGCUGAAGGCGCUUCUUGAGCAGUGGGAGCCUCCGCGUUGGUUCGAACCGCCGGAGGAUCCUCACUCGGAGGUUCAGCAUAGUAUUCAGGUUGCGCAUGCGUAUCGCUGGGCUACGCUGCUUUAUCUGCACCAGGCUGUUCCGGAGAUACCGUCUGAGCCGGCGGGUGAGUUGGCAAAGAGGGUCCUUAUCCUGCUUGCAACUGUCCCGUAUACAUCCCGGACAACUAUCAUCCAGAUGUUCCCUCUCGUAGCGGCCGGAGCGGAAGUUGAUGCUGACGAUGAUCGGAAGUGGGUAUUAGACCGAUGGACGACAAUCCAGGCGCGAUUGAUGCUGGGUGGUGUGGACCGCUGCUUGGAAGUUUUGAAAGAAGUCUGGGGGCGUCGCGAUGCAAUGAACGCUAGGCGAGAGCAUGAAAUGGCUAGUUUGCGACGAACGGGUUCUGUCGCGUCUCGUGAUAGAAAGCGAACCAGCUCGUCAUUGCCGAAUGACUUCAAGAAUUACAGUCUACAUGGAUUCCAUAAAGGGUCGAUGGCGGGGAUGUCAGGCCAGUCUGCGAGACAUGCGCGACGCGGCUCAGCUUUGGCUUCGCUGGAGAAUAUUGAAUUUGAGAGAACUGUUCGCGGAAAGUUACACUGGGUGAAUGUGAUGGCUGAGUGGGGAUGGGACGGUUAG